UCAGUUCCUGUGCAAAUUCAACACAUUGUCGAAGAGCAAAGUCAGUAUGUCAUUGCUUAGAUUGUAUUUUAAUCGUUCUUUGCGAAAAUGUGUUGCUUGCAGAUACCUAGCAACACAAUUUGCUCAUGGUCCAAAUGCCGAUAAAGGAGAAGAUGUUCGAGACCUGCGAAAUAUCGGAAUCAUUGCCCACAUCGACGCCGGCAAAACGACGACGACCGAACGAAUGCUUUACUACUCUGGUUUUACAAAGCACUUGGGUGAUGUAGAUCAUGGGGACACAGUCACCGAUUACUUAGAGGAGGAGAGAAACCGAGGAAUAACAAUCUCAUCAGCAGCUGUUACGUAUCAAUGGAAAAAACACAGAGUCAACCUCAUUGAUACACCAGGACAUGUGGACUUUACAAUAGAGGUGGAGAGAUCUCUUAGAGUUCUAGAUGGAGCUGUCACCAUUCUGGAUGCCUCUGCUGGUGUUGAAGCCCAGACUGUCACUGUGUGGAAACAAGCUACAAAACAUGACAUCCCCUCCAUCAUCUACCUCAAUAAAUUGGACAAAUUGGGGGUCAGUGUUGAGCUCUGCUUAGAAUCCAUUAGACAGAAAUUACACAUUGAUCCAUUUCUUAUCAAUUUUCCUUAUGGUGAAAGCUUACAAAAAUUCAAAGGACUAGUGGACAUAGUUGAUAUGGUGAAAUACGAAUGGGACCUGGCAAAAUCUACAGAUGGGAGGAAGUUUUCAGUAAUACCUUUAACAGAGAAAGAAGACGGUAAGUUUUGGGAGUAUGCAGUAAAGGAAAGGACAAAUCUUAUUGGUCGAUUAAGUGACACAGAUGAAAAAAUUGCAGAUGAAGUUCUGUUAGAAACAAGUAUGGACAAAAUCAAACCAGAAUUAGUAAGGAAGGCUUUAAGGAAUGCCACUGUUAAAAGACAGCUUACCCCAGUUAUGUGUGGAUCUUCCUUAAAAAACAAAGGUGUUCAGCUCUUAAUGGAUGCCAUAUAUGACUAUCUACCCUGUCCAAAUGAUAGAGAAUUUCCAUUUUUGCAGUAUUAUGGAUCAGAACUCUGUGCAUUUGCAUUUAAAACUAUCCAUAAUCAGCAAAAAAUGCCUCAGACCUUCUUUAGGAUUUACUCAGGAAGUUUGCAUCAAAGGAGUGAUGUACACAAUAUAAAUAGAAAUUGUCAUGAGAAAGUGAAGACACUAUCUAGAAUUUUGGCCAAUGAGUAUCACAACAUAUCAGCAGCACACCCUGGGGAUAUUGUUUGUGUGUCUGGUCUCAAAGAGACCAGAACUGGUGACACUAUUACUUCCAAAGAAGGAUUAGCUAAAAUAAAACCCAUUCUAAGGGAACACAGGCACCAUGAAGAUGAGGUAGAUUUACACGAUGAUAGCCAUGAUGAUGACCUGAACCAUGAUGUGGUGCUGGCUGGUCUACAGGUGCCAUCUCCUGUUUUCUUCUGCUCAGUGGAGCCACCAUCAAUGGCGUAUCAGAAAGACCUUGAUUUGGCCUUGGAAUGUCUUCAAAGAGAGGACCCAAGUCUCAAGGUAGAAGUGAACCAAGAGACUGGACAGACCAUUCUGUCUGGAAUGGGAGAAUUGCAUUUAGAGGUCGUUAAACACAGAUUAUUAUCAGAAUACAAGAUAGACGUAUACAUGGGUCCACUACAGAUCGCCUAUAAGGAGACCAUUGAUGACCCAGUCACUCACACCGAGACCUUGGAUAGUGUAAUCGGAGGGAAAAAACAGCAUGUCACUGUAGCCAUGACAGUACAGCCAAGUGAACAACAGAGUGGGAAGAAGGUCAUAUCGUAUAAGCCACAUACUAAUGAGAAGACAUUUAUAACAUCUCCUAGGUUUAGGAAGGAGUACAAGUCUGCAAUGGAGAAUGGAAUCAAAACAGCUUUGUCUUAUGGUCCAAUAUUGAAUUUUCCUGUGAUAAAUGUAGAAGUCGUUCUCCACAGUGUGGAGUUGUCCCGGGAUACAUCUCCUAAUGUGGCGGCGGCCGCUGCCUCAAUGUGUCUCCAUAAUGCCCUGAAGAAAGCCAUACUCCAUCUAAUGGAACCCAUAAUGAAGCUAGAGAUCAUUACAGAUCCUGACUUCUCAUCAGUAGUCCUACAUGAUUUAGCCAGCAGGCGUACCAAAAUUGAACAUGUUCACCAGAAUCCCAAGGACAACACCAAGGUCAUUCAGGCCACCGUUCCCCUGGCCGAGCUCAGGGAGUAUUCAAAUUCCAUCAGAAAGAUCACACAUGGACAAUCAUCCUUAAAUAUGGAAUUUUCUCACUAUGAAGAAAUGUCUGAGGAGGAUAAAAAUAAAGCCAUUGAAAAAGUGACUGGAUUUCCAGUAAACCCUGCCAUAUUUAAUCCUCCUAGUGCAUAGGGCUGUGUCGUCUUCAGGUGGGAAGUGCGACAUUAAAAUUAUUAGUUGCUUUAUUUUUAGAUACAUUGUACUUGGUGCAUAAUUAAUGAAAUACCUUUUCAUUUUUAAAGAGAUAUACCUGUAUGUUACUUGUUCCGGGCUAAAUCAAGGGGCAACUUUGUGUUAUGUACAUGUAGUAUUUAUCAAAUAUUGACAAA